UAGAUGUAGAGGCGGCUGUGUGUGAGGCCAGGCCCCCAGGCCCUGUCCCGUUAUCCAGCCACCGGAAACCUCAGCGGCUCAGGCACAGCGGAGUUGGAGCUCGGAGGCGUCAUGACCAAAAGAAAAGCUUGAAUUUACAAAUCCGCGCAAAAGCCCCAGGACACGCUUCAGGUGUCUGGGCGGCAGCCAGGCGGAGCUGGAGGGGCAGCUGUCGUGGUGAUGGUUUUGGACCCAGGUGAAGUCUGCAUGGAUCGGGCUGAGGUUGAAGGAGUUGGGCGGAGCAGCAGCAGGUUAGAGCCAGGAAAUGGAUCGGAUCCACCCAAAAACCCCACCAGCAUCUCCAAUGCAGCCCCCAGACCUCGGGCGAGAAGGAGCAAUGCCACUAAAAGGGAGGAGGUAUCCCACAACGGGCUUCCGGCUCAGACCAAGCCCCCAGACUCAGGCCAGGCCCAGGUAGCUGAGAGGAGGUUAUCAAGGGGCGGGGCCACGCCCAAACUGCCGCUGCGCCGGCCCCUCAGCCUGGAGAUGACCCCCCAGCGCCUUCGGGGGUCUCAAGAGCAGAUGGUGGACCGGCGAACCCUUCAGCCUCCCUGGCGUAGUGGUGCGGCUGCCCCCUCACCCCCAGCUCGCAGCCUGACCAGCCCCAGCCUGGGCCCUGGAGGCUGGAUGCGCCGCAGUGAGAGCACCUGCUCAGUCAACUACUCUCUGGGACUUCGGGUCGGUAAAGGGCAAAUGCGACCUGCCACUUCCCUGCCACACAUCGCCAAAGGGGUGGGGACCGCUCCGCUGAAUUCGCCCUCAAGGCCCUGCCUGCUGGUGGCCCUCAGGCCCCUGAACCUGGAGCAGGAGAGGCAGACUUUCUUCCAGUCAGACUACAAGUAUGAGCCUCAGUUUGAGUAUGCGCAGCCCGAGCCAAGCAGCGUGCUGGAGAAAUACAAGGAGGGCUCAGGCCUCUUCCUUGAGCAGGCAGUUGGAAUCAUGGAGUGUGUAUUGAGGAAGUUUGACUCCUAUGAGAAUUUUGAGGAGGUCACGGGAGGCAACGUGCUCCCUAAAAGUCGGGUUUGGGCAUCUGUACGCAAAUAUCUGCAGAAGGAGAACUGUGUAGGAGAGGUUGUGGUGUGUCUGUCUGAAGAACUGCUGUCUCAGGCGGUCAUGAUGGUGGAGAGCUGCCGUCCCACCCUUACUAUAAACCUGGCUGGAGCUCGACAACACUGGCUGGAGGGAAUGUUAAGACAUGAGAUCGGCACACAUUAUUUGCGAGGGGUCAAUAACAAUCUGCAACCAUGGGCUACCGCAGCAGGCAGGAAGCAGUUUGGCCUUAAACCGGCCAAUCCCACAGAGGAGGGCCUGGCCAGCUUGCAUAGUGUGUUGCUACGGAAACAGCCCUACCUUUGGCGCGCAGCUCUGCUCUACUACACGGUGUAUCACGCCGCCAGCAUGAGCUUCAGCCAGCUCUUCAGUCAUAUCGCCCGCUUUGUCCAGGACCCGGCUGUGCGCUGGGAGUACUGUCUGCGCGCCAAAAGGGGACAGACGGACACCUCCAAGCCAGGUUGCUUCAGUAAAGACCAGGUUUAUCUGGAUGGGAUCCUCAGGAUUCUUCGGCAUCGGAGGACCAUUGAUUUCAAGAUGUUGGCCUCUCUGGGCAAGGUGUCAUAUGAAGACGUGGAGCGGCUCCGGCAUCUGGCGGUGCUUCGCAGGACCAGGAUCCCACACUUCAUGCAAGACCAGGAGCGGUAUCUGCAGCAUCUCGACCACAUCGUCACUGUCAAUGAACUGGAUGAUGCCCAGCUGGAACAUCUUUUACCCUGAUUCUCACCCAGCCUCCACUCAACAUCUGCGACCAGGACUGCAGCAACAUAAGAACAUGAAGCUGUGGAGGACGUUGGAAUCUAGAUCACAUCUGAACUCAUAUCAUUUGGCGCCCUCAAUAUCACUAACAUAAUAAAACCAAUGCUUUAUUUGGGUGAUUUUUAAAACUUGAAUGAUAUCAACUACGGGACAUAUACACUAUCACCUCUAUCUACAUUUUCACCUUUGUCUAAUGCAUGUCUGUGUGGCUUUUUACAGUGAGCCAAGUACUGUACAAGUGCUCCCCAAGUUCCCCUUGCCUUUACUCUCACUAUGAAGUUACCUCAAUACUGCAACUCUAGGAUGUAACCAACAUUACAUAUGUAGACAUUUUGGUGCACACAUAAUAUCACUGCAUCCAGUGCCUGUACAGGACUAUGCUAAUGUGUCUUGUACAGCUUUAAACCUUCAUAAUCAUAUGCUUUAUUUAUGCAAUUAUUUAUGUUUUUCUUUUCAGAAAACAGACUGAAUGUCUAUGGUAUUAGCUUUAUACCUGCCCUUUUGUAGAGUACAUUGUUUUAUGCCUUAGAUUGUUUGCAUUUGGAAAAGGACACCAAGGACACAAUUUCAAAAACCCUGGGAAAGUUUCAACUGAGACCAAUAUUCUUUCAAAUAUCAAGUGCCAAUGGACUCAGUCAAGUAUUAAAAUAUUCCUGGGAAAAUUUUACAAUAUUGCUCAGUGUUACUAAGAAGAUAAUCAACCGUGUUGUUACUGUCUUAAGUGUCCUUGGUGGUCUUUCGAUAUCAGUGCUACUGUGAUGUGACCCGUCCCCAAGCUCCCCUUGCGUGGCAACCAAACUUUCUUUCAUAACGCUGACAUGGCAGACGGCUGAAGAUAUUGUGCCACCGUGGCAUCUUUAAUACACUGUUGACCUACACAACAGGUAGCCAAAGCCGGCCAAUCACCAUAGCUUUCUCAUUCCAAGUUGUCAGAUAUAUGGGCUAUUGGCUGAGGAGAAAGCAGGGUUGUUGUGGGCGUGCCUUUGAUGGGUGUAGAACUCAUCUGCUGUAGCUAGCCAUUAUUUGUAGGCUGCAUUAUAAUGUGUUUAUCACUUAAACGUCAGUGAGGGCAUUCGUUUAGUGGCUUGGGCCAAGCCAUCUGUGAACAGUUAGCACUUAUAGACUGUAAAAACAGCUCACAGCAAAAGGAUGUGGGCAGGGGCAUAUUAUGAUCCAGUUUUUAACUAAACAGACAUUUGUCCAAAAAUGUGAACUUUACUUCUGUGAUAUUUUGAAUACUGACAUUUCAAAUGAGUAAUAUGUUAACUCCAAAAUAUGUUCUGCUGUGUUUACAAUUUAGCCAUUUGGUAAGCAGAUAAGACUUUCAAUUUGAGCAGGUUGCUUUCUGCUGACCACGUUGGCUUUUAACCUGACAGGUGACAAACCACAGCCCUGUUUUGCCUAAACGAAUGCACCUAUUUGUAUUGCACGAAUGUUGCACAAUGUUUUAUGUUUUGGAAAUCAUCUUGAAUUUCCAAUUUAUUUAUUAAAAACAAAAGUGCACACUUGGAAUAAUGAACAUGGUAUUCUGUUUUCAAAAAGCACAAAAAUCGACAUUGCUUAGCCUUCAGUUCAGUUCGGUAGAACAGAUCAGGAGCG